GUUUGACAUUUUGUUUCUUGGUUAUGUCGUUAGUCAUUUAGUAAUUCGUUUAAAAAAGAUGAUAUCUUCUUUUUUAUUCUUUAUAAAUAUGCGUUUGAAACUAUAAUGCCGCGAAAAAUACGCGUCAUGUUUACAAUUGCGACAGCACUGAGUGUAUGUCUCGUGAUAUUUCAGUUAUGUUUAGUACUCCGCGAUCGCAAAAGAUUGUCUUUCUCAGAUGACGACGUACCUGUCAUACUAUGGUGGACACCAUUCGGUAAUAAUAAUCGAAUAAAAACCUGCGGGAAUGCCAGAUGUUACCUCACACAUAAUAGAACAUUUGAGAAUAAUGUGAACUUAAAAAGUGUUCUAUUUUAUGGAAGUAAUCUUCGUAUUCAUGAUUUGCCCAAUUGGAGGAGUAGUGCCAUAUCUUGGGGCUUACUUCAUGAAGAAUCCCCUAGGAAUAAUCCUAUACUUGUUCAUCAAGAAGCACUUAAUCUUUUUAAUUACUCUUCGACCUUUAGCAGAUUAAGUAAUGUACCACUCACACUUCUUGAUUUACCUGGUCUAGAAGAAUUAGUAGCAAAUUCGUAUUACAUGUCUACCAAAGAAAAAUCUGCAUUGAUGCAUGUAGAAAAUUUAGCACCAGUAUUAUACAUUCAAUCUGACUGUGAUACUGCUAGUGACAGGGAUAGUUACGUCUCAGAAUUAAUGAAACAUAUUCGGAUAGAUUCCUAUGGUACAUGUAUGAAUAAUGCUCAGCUUGACAACAGGUUGAAGAAUAACUAUCUCGAUAUUUUAAGUGAUCGUGAGUUCUUGUUCUUUGUGGCCAAAUACAAGUUUACUAUAGCUUUUGAGAAUGCAAUUUGUGACGAUUAUAUUACAGAAAAACUAUGGAGACCGCUUGUUGUCGGCUCUGUACCAAUAUAUUACGGAUCACCAUCUUUUAAGGAUUGGCUACCAAAUAAUAAAUCUGCUAUCUCAAUAUUAGACUUUACUAGUCCAAUAGAACUCGCUCAUUUUUUGCAUAAUCUUUUAAAAAAUGAUUCUGCAUAUGAAGAGUACUUGUCUCAUAAAUUAAAUAAACGCGAAAAUCGUGUUACAAAUAGCAAGUUGUUACGUGCGCUCGAAAAGAGACAAAUGGGAAUUCCAAACGAUUUUGGAAAUUAUAUGGAAGAAUUCGAAUGCUUUGUUUGUGAACGAAUACAAAAGAAUAGUUACGAAUUAAAAAAGAGCAUAGUAACAAAAAGACAAUACAAUUGUUCUCUGCCAAGAGAUCCAAUAACAGGCGAAAUUAAUAAGCGCAAUUGGUGGACUGAGCAGUGGAAUAUUGAGAAAUGUGGAGCUAAGCUGUUAUCUCAUUACAUAACUAACAAUAUCAGUAUUAAUAUAAAACAUUUUGAUGAACAGAAGAUAACUAUGUAUGACAAUAAUGAAUGUUGA